AUGGAUGGCAGCGUUGGCGAUAACAAUGGUAUCAACCACGUCGUCCCAUCUACUCGCCCAUCUUCCCCAGAGUUUGAUGACUCGGAGUAUGUAACGAGAAUUCAUGGUCUUGUGGUGAUGGUGAUGGGGAGUGUCGCGUACAAUUCAACCACAAGGACGUCGCUAAGAAGGAUAUGGUCGUGGCGACUAUUGAUGGACGAGUCGUCGUUUGGGAAGGAAGGUGUCGGAGGCAAAUCUCGGAAGACAACUCUCCGAGUCUGCAGGACUAUCGUCGAUGGUGGUGCGAUUGAUAGGUUGUUUUGUGGUGUGUAUGUUUGGUGA